AUGCAGGGCGUGAAGAGACUGGCCACGCAGACGAACAUUCUAGAAGGCCGGGGUGCCAAUGUUUAUUGCGGUUUAGGUGGUGCUUGGAGCUCACGAGAAGCAGGGUGGAACUGGCUGGCCUCGGAUUUGCCUGAACGGGCAAGUACAUGGGGCUCGCCAUGGGCGCGGCAGCAGGCUUUGCUGGUCACACGGGCAUCUGAUACAGCGGCGAAGGGCAUCUCCGAUACGCCUCUGCUAAUUUGCUAUUUUGGUAAUUUGGAGGUGGGCCAGGUCGGUGGAGGUUAUCGGACUCUGCAAAGAGAGUGA